AAGGGCCUCAAAGCAGGAAUUGGUUUUCCCUGAGGUUUUAGAAAGAGGAGCUUAAGGCCAUAAGUAGAACAAUAGAAAGUCUUGAAUCUUCAGAUGAUGUCCGUAACACCCAGAGACCAUUUGAAGGCAGCCAUCACUGGCAGCAUGGAUUAUGCCAAGUGACACCUCUGUUGGUCAAACCUUGGAGUGAUGCAAGUUGAGCUGAGGUUGCCAAACAGCACUCCUGACAAGAUCUUGCCCCAUCCUGAGACAGCUGUGCUGGCCAUCAACCAGCCAGCCAGCCUAAGUCCAAGCCGUUGUCAGAUCCAAAGAAGAGAUGGAGACAGCACAGCCCCCUCGGACCUGUAGCUCAUCUGAAGCAGCUGGGAAAUCCUGCUGGGGGUUGGAUGCCGGAGUGGUGAUGCUCCUGGUGACUCUAGCUGGAGCUGUCAUCCUGGUACUUCUGUACAGACUAUUACAAACACGACACAGGUUAAGGAUGGCGAGUGCAAGACAUGCACUGGAGUAUUACAGCUUCUACCACACGGCCACCUACACGUUCAAACACCCAUCAUCAUAUGAUAAGCUGCCGAACGGCAAAGUUCCAGACGCCGGUCAACCUGUCCAAACUGUUGCCACCGCAACAUCUGUAGCCACCGCCCCGUUGCCACCCCUUCCAGCCUCAAUGCCACUCCCCCUAGCACCCGCAGUACCUUCAUUCAAGAUGACGCCUCCACUCCUGGCUCCUCCUCUGCCCGUGAUCGACACUGCCACACCAAGUCCCCACCAGCCGUGGGGUGCCUACUCAGAUCUCGAAGUGUACUCUCGUAUUGGAGCGUACAGACCCUCCAGGCUCUCGAGCCUUUCUAGUCAUUCAAAGCUUAUCCUCAUGAGGACCUAUCCCAGCUGUCAACGGGCAAGAGGCAGUGCACACCUUGAACUACUUGCCAGCAUGUUGAAGUGUUUGUGUGAAUAAUAGUUUGUGUACAGAAAUUACACGUGCCAUUUAUGAAGCCCAUGCCAUUGUGAGUCAACCUUUGUGAAAUCGUCUAAUUCUUGUCUGUUAAAUGUUGUUCCCUCUCAAGCCAGCUGUGUCAUGAGCAGCAAGGCUUGGCCACUGCUCUGGCCGGUGACAUCUGUCGCCGCUCACAGUUGUUUCACAUUGGGACUGUCAUUAGACAGGCAUUUAAGUUGGAGUUUUUGUCACUGGCAUGUGCCAGUUCGUUGCCUUGCGUUAGUGAGUUGCAUUCACUGCUUGUGGGACUCUCCACUCUACGCGUAAAUUAGAGUAAUCCUAGUCACAGCGAUUCUGUGUCCUUUUGUUUGAUCUUGUCCUGUUGAGUUGUUAGUUUGCCCCAUAGUCAUCGGACCUUGCUGCAUGUCUUUAGGAUUCCACCUAGCCUAUCGUUUCUGUACCUCUGCCUUGUUGGACUGCUACACCGUGUAUGACCCAGUUUCCGGAAUA